AUGGACAAGGACGCGGCAAACGAGUUCCUGUCGUCGCUGCUGAACCAGAAUCUCGCAGUCACCGCAACCGAUGGCCGCCUGUUCUGGGGCCAAUUCAAGUGCACCGAUGCUGAAAGCAACAUCGUGUUGGCACAAACCUACGAAUACCGACCGCCAAGCGAGGAAAUGCGGGCGCAGGCCGCGACACAAGCUAUGGGCGCCGCCAGCGUGACGCUGGACAUGACAUCACGAUACCUGGGCCUGGUUGUCGUUCCCGGCCAUCGCAUCACAAAAGUUGAAGUUGAGCGCUUCGCGAGUCAGGUGCGACAGCAAAAAGGCCAAGCUGUCAUUUAG